AUGGCUCCACUAGCGAGGUAUCACGCAACUACCCGGCUCAUCAAAUCUGCCUCGCUCACAUCCACCGACCAUGCGAUCUGGAGAGCUUUCCUAGAUGAGGCCGUCGAUCCGGGGCAUGCUGCUUGCUAUAUCUGGAAAAGGAUUCAUGAUCGCACCGAUUGCUCUACAGAACAGGUCCUGCAUGAGUUGAAAAUUGACUGGAAGCGACUGGCCACGAAGUUGGUCAAACAAGACCAGGUCUCGUCUCAAGCAUGCGCGCUAGUUGAAGCGCGAGACGAUUCACACUGUUUUAUGUUGGAUCAGAAGCCAUUGGACCCCAACGUAUCCGUUCGGUUCGAUCAUGCCUGGGUCAUCCCUCCGAGCCUUUUUGAUGACAGUGACAUGGAUCCGCAGUAUUUUGUGUCUAGACUGUUCCCUGAGCCUUGUGGUGAGCUGUUCCUUAGCGAUGGUAGCCACUGGGACUCAACAAUGCAAAUGUUUAUCAUGGAGAGCCAAGGCACGAAUCAGCCUCUCCCAGAUCCAUUUUUGUUGCGAACGCAUUACCGCAUCGCAGCUUCUUUACAUCUAUUUCAUGUUGAAGAACGAAUCGCCGAUGGCUGGCCUUCGCCCCCGUUGUUCCACUUGAACAUAGCGACCCAGAAGAUAUUGCGCUCGGUCUGGCAUCUCAUUCCUCACUUUAUACGCGUGCAGUGUUAUGGCGCGCUCAUAAAGUUAGGCAGUCACCUAUACCCGCAGUAUUCCACCGGCCUCGUGCACCGGUUACCGUUCGGAUUGUAUGCAAAAGAAUCCACUCGCACUCCUAAUGAAGGAGAGACACUCAGGCUCGUGGAACGGUAUACUUCGAUCCCCGCACCCCUUUGGAUAGAUGAUUAUCAGGGCAUACGCCGCGUUCUUAUCAUGACAGCCAUGCCUGGAGACACGCUGGAUAUGGUUUUUCACCGACUCUCAUACCCUGAGCGCAAGCAACUGUCGAAAGACCUGAAGAAUGCCUUAUCACAACUCCGCUCUAUUCCAAAUCAGAGCUCGUACCACUUUAGCGAUUGUCAUGGCGGCCCGCUGUUCGAUUAUCGUUUCCCCUCCGGCGUAUGUGGUCCGUUCCGCCUGAUUUCUGAUUUCAAUUCCUUCCUCGUCCACAGACACGUACUCAGCGAGACAAGGGAAAAAGUCGCAACCGUCCAUGCGCGUCAAUACCGGUCUGUGUUCACGCAUGCGGACAUACAUCCCAGAAAUAUUAUCAUUGAUCGUGGACGCCUGUCUGGCAUUGUGGACUGGGAAUGCGCCGGCUUCUAUCCUGAGUACUGGGAGUUUACGAAGCUGUUUUAUGGCGUGCACACAUCCCCAGAAAUACUAGGUCUCAUUCAUGAUGCAUUCGUGGGAGAUACAUAUGAGGAGGAGCUAGAAGCUGAGAGGUUAUUGUGGUACGACACGCCGUUUGGGGCAUGA